AUGGGGGAUCAGAGGAGGGCUGACUAUAUGAGAGAAGAAACGCCGUUUACAGCUAGAACUCUAGAGAGGAAGCCUAGUCUUCCCAACUUUAUCCUAUCUGUUAGGCUCAAGCAUGUCAAACUUGGUUACUGUUAUCUUAUUUCCAACCUUAGGUACCUGAUCAUAGUUCCCCUCUUGGGGGUUGUUUCGUUUCAUCUUUCGACUGUCACCAUCAAAGAUUUCGACCUAUUAUGGGGUCCUUCCAGGUUCAAUUUUGUGGCAACAGUUUUUUGUUCUGCAUUUUUUGUUUUCCUGGGUACAUUGUACUGUGUGACUAGGCCCAGGAAAGUUUAUCUCGUGAAUUUUGCAUGCUACAAACCUGGACCCGAGUUUAUGUGCUCCAGAGAACAUUACAUGGAGAAAUGUAGACGAUCUGGGAAGUUCAAUGAACAAAAUUUAGCAUUUAUGGAGAAAAUUUUGGAGAGAUCAGGACUUGGCCAGAAAACAUACGCAGCUGAGCCAAAUGCCUGCCUGGCUGAGGCUAGGAAGGAGGCUGAGAUGGUUAUUUUUGGCGCCAUUGAUCAACUACUGGCAAAGACUGGUGUUAAAGCCAAAGAUAUAGGGAUUCUAGUGGUGAAUUGCAGUCUUUUUUGUCCAACACCGUCCCUUUCUGCUACUGUUGUAAACCAUUACAAGCUUAGGGGGAAUAUUUUGAGCUACACCCUUGGCGGUAUGGGUUGCAGUGCUGGACUGAUUUCGAUAGAUCUUGCCAAGCAACUUUUACAGGUCCAGGGAAACACGUACGCCCUGGUGGUGAGUAUGGAACCCAUGACUCCGAAUCUGUACUCCGGGAACAAUGAGUCAAUGCUCAUGACGAACUGUCUCUUCCGAAUGGGAGGAGCUGCGAUUCUACUAUCAAACAAAACGUCUGAUCAUGGUCGUUCAAAAUAUCAGCUCAUUCACUCAGUUCGAACACACAAGGGAGCUGAUGACAAAAGUUACGGUUGCAUUUUCCAACAGGAGGAUGAGGAGAAAAAGGUCGGUGUUGCCUUGUCUAGAGAUAUAGUGGCUGUAGCUGGAGAGGCUUUGAAAACCAAUAUAACAACACUUGGGCCAUUAGUUCUUCCCGCGUCAGAACAAUUCCUGUUUCUUGUUUCUUUGCUGGCGAAGAAGGUAUUUGAUUUGGAAAUCAAGCCAUAUAUUCCGAAUUUCAAGCUUGCUUUUGAGCAUUUCUGCAUUCAUGCUGGCGGAAAAGCAGUGCUGAAUGCAAUGGAGAAGAACCUUGAACUGACUCAAUGGCAUUUGGAGCCAUCAAGAAUGACACUCCACAGGUUUGGCAACACAUCUAGCAGUUCAUUGUGGUAUGAAUUGGCUUAUUCCGAGGCCAAGGGAAGGAUAAGGAAGGGAGAUAGGAUAUUGCAGAUAGCGUUUGGCUCAGGCUUCAAAUGCAACAGUAUUGUAUAUCGUGCAUUGAGGUUCAUUGAUCCAGCUAAAGAGAAGAAUCCUUGGACAGAUGAAAUUGAUGAAUUUCCAGUGUAA